CUCGUGGACUGAACUCAGGGUCAGGGUCCAGGAUCAGGCCACACCCUGCCACCACAUUUUCCAAAGCGGUGCUCUGUCGCGCUUGGCGUGUCGGAACAUUUCCCUCUGACGGGCAUCGAGUGCCCCAUUUCCAGACCACUCUGUCAUCCAUCCUCCCCCCUGAGACCUGGGCUGAAGACAGGCACAGGGGACGAGCACAGACAGGAGCUGACAGGCCAGACCUGGCAGGCGUGACGGGUAGUGGUUCUCUUCCCCACGCCGCGGGCGGGCACUAAGAAAAACUGGAUUCGCCCCAGAAAGUGCUGAAGGCCUGGCGAAGGGACCAGCCUGCCACCAGCCUGCCCCAACGACAUCCAAGAUGAGAUGACCGUGCCACUCAUGCCAUGCCCCUUGUGCUAAAAGCGUCCGUCGUCAACAUGUUGACUGACGUUUUCGACGGCUGCUGGCUGGCGCCUCGUCUAGACCACAAGUACUUCGUACCUAGGCUAGAUUACGCCGCCGCCCAGUUCUUACCAACAAACCCAAAAGUCACUUGCUGGUUGAUCUCUGCCUUCCUCUCUCUCCUGAUCUCACUUGCUCCCUUUCCCUUUCUUUCUCUCUCUUUCAACUCUUGCCCCCUCUCCACACCAACAAUUUUCUUGUUUCCUUCAAUCAUGUGAUCGAGUCACUCCACGUGUCAUCAGACAAACAGCCAAACAGACUGUCCAGCAAAACCUCGCCCAACCCUUUUGAGAGGUCUUGCCCGUCUGUCUUUGUCGAUGCUAUCGAUCGAUCAGCCCGUCAGCUCACUUUUGACCCCAUUUCAGCCCUGCUAGGCUCGGCUCACGUCCAUUCUGGGGCCCCGCCCGCCCUCGACUCUCCUCGACUUUACCUCGGGGAUUUGUCACCCUUUUUCUGAUUACUUCUUCUCUUUUCUUUUCUUCUCUUCUUGUGGUCAUGAAUACGUUUUUUGUCUCUACCUUCCACCACGCCCUCGCCUCUUACGUCGCCCCGUGGACCGCCGCUUUCCUGCCCACUCGGCUGUCGCAUCUCUACUACGCGCCCCCUCCCCCUCCCACCUCGUCGCCGUCGUCGUCCGAGUCGUCACCAACAACGUCUCCCUCAAUCGAGUCGACAAUGUCGCGCGACGUGGUGGAGAAUGGCGCCCCCACCACCCCGUCGUCAUCAUCCCAGGCGCGCCCAGAGUCGCAGUCGCAGUCGCAGUCGCAGUCGCAGUCGCAGUCGCAGGCCGACCGACUCGCGCGGCUGCCCGACAAGCUGAUCCUGCUCAUCUUCGACAUGCUGGCCCACGAGUCGAGGCACGCCAUCUGCAACGUCUCCAUCCUCAGCCGCAAGUACCACGCCCUGGCCGACCGCAUCCUGUACCGCAGCAUCCUCUUCGAGUCGCCCGAGCACCACCUCAUCUUCAGCGAGUCGCUCGACCGCCGCCCCCGCCGCGGCUCCAUGAUCGAGAACAUCAAGCUCGAGUACCCGGGCUCCGAGCUGUCGCACCUGAUCCUCGACAGCGCCCUGGACAAGCAGUCGCCCACCAGCUCAAACACCUUCCGCAAGGGCGUCGACGGCCUCUCGCGCGCCCUGGCCUCCAUGUCCAACCUCGAGACCCUCGACAUCGCCGUCCCCGAGAAGCUGCUGCACGGCAUCGGCGCCCUCUUCAACGGGCCCUUCGACCUCGCCGGCCUCAAGACCUGCUCCCUCUUCUACCAGUGCCCCGACGGCGCCUACUGGGACCUGCGCGAGAACAUCCACAUCUUCACCCACCCCACCCUCGAGACCCUGACCAUCCGCCGCGCCCGCCUCGACGAGCGCGGCUUCGACUUCAUGGAGCGGCCCCACAGCACCGCCCUCAAGUCCCUGCGCCUGCUCGAGUGCGACAUCAACGACGACUCCCUCGCCGACAUCAUGGAGUUCCCCGAGGGCCUGCGCGAGUUCUACCUCUACCACACGGCCGAGCCCACCCCCGAGCUCGAGGAGGGCUCCGACGAGGUCUGCGAGCACGUCAUGGCCCUGCGCGACCAGGCCGAGACCCUCGAGUCCGUCACCAUCGACCACCCCACCCUGGGCGGCCGCAAGGUCCUGCGCCUGCGCGACUUCCAGAGCUGCAGGUACCUGCGCCUCAACCGCGACACCCAGCUCUUCGGCAGGACGGGCCGCAAGCCCCGCAUGCACUCGGCGGGCCUCCCGCCGCGCCUCGAGGUCCUCGAGUUCACCGAGCCCCUCGGGUCCGACGACACCGUCACCGAGCUGUUCGCCAUGAUGCUGCAGAACAUCGAGUUCAUGGCGCGCGACCUGCGCGCGCUGGUCGUCGUCGCGGGGCCCGAGGGGGUGCCGGAGCAGAUCCUCGAGGCGUGCAAGGGGAAGAAGUUCGAGCUGGACAUCAGGCCGGUGGAGGAGGCGGGGGAGACAAACGGACACCCGCGGCCGCCGCCGCCGCUGAAGAAGACCGAUGACGAUAAUAGACCUGGAUACCCCAAGAAGAAGCGGACGACGCAGGCCCCAGCAUGCGAUAAUAAGAUGUUGACCACGGACAGGGUGCGGUGGAACGCGCUCAGCGAGGAGGCGUGGUCCAAGCGGGGCGACACCGAGAGGAAGCCCUUUGACCCGGCCUGAACAGGGGGAUUUUUAGAAGCCAUAGAUGUGGACCCCCGCCGAAGAGAGAAAAGAAGGUUGAUGGUGGAUAGAGAAAGACAGAAAGAACGAACGUACAGGAAUAAAUUACGCCGAAUACAGUGUAGACAGGAUAGAGAACAGGAGGGAAAGAAAAACACCGAAAUAGAUAUUACUACUACUACUACUACAACAAUAAACUCAUGAUACCCACG